AGAUCGAUAGGCGUCAACACAAACUAGAAGCGCUUUCCCCGAUGUCCAUUGUACGUCUACGUCGUUAGGGUUCGGAAACAGAACAAACGAGCCUGUCGACGGAACGGAUUCGAGAAGGACAAGAGCGAGCGAGCUUAAUGAACCAGAGAUUGGAAUUCUGGAAGGCGAGCCAUUGCAAUCAUUCGUGGGCAGGAGGUGAAAUUGAAGGUGGCAAGGAUGAGCUACUUACUGCCCAACGUCACGACGAAGGAAGGGGUCGAUGAGCUGAUACUCAACACCAUCGAUGCAGUUCUCGUGCUGCGAGUGGGCCGGGCUUCGGAUGCGGUGUGCUUGCAGCUGGACGACAUUCUGUCGAAAGCCGUGCGAGAGGUGUCCAAGUUCGCCAAGAUCGCGCUGGUCGAUGUCGAUUCCGAAGAGAUUCAAGUGUACGUCAAGUACUUCGACAUCACGCUCAUACCCGCGACUCUCUUCUUCUUCAACGCCGAGCACAUGAAAAUGGACUCGGGUACUCCCGAUCACACGAAAUGGAUCGGGGCCUUCCACAGCAAGCAGGACUUCAUCGACGUCGUGGAGACGAUCUACCGAGGAGCUAUGAAAGGCAAAAUGAUCGUCACUUGCCCUCUGCCUCCCGAGAGGAUUCCCAAGUUCCAGCUUCUCUAUAAAGAGAUUUGACACAUUUCUGGCUUUGUCUCGCUUCACGAGGAAACGAAAUCGAGAGUGUUCGAACAAAUUCCGAAAGACUGUGCGAAGGAUUGAGACGGAGGACAUCACGGGCAAGAGUUAGUCGAUCUCAUACGAAGGCCGAGUUCACCGAGAGGAUCUGUCGAAUACGUUCAAAUGCUUGUUAGCAGGUUGAGGUGAUGUUCUGACAGCCUGAAAACGCCUUCACAGUACAGCCCUAGAGGUGAACUGCAACGAGGAUGCCUGUGACAGAGGUGCGGGAUCUGCGAACCGAUGUCAGUCCUGGGAAAGCUCUCUUGGCAUCAACUACUUCUACAGAAUCUCAUCAGUAGAUAGAAGACCAAGUCAUUUCAGCACACAGGUGAGCAAAGAUAGAGAUCAUGACGGAGCAGUGGAACAUCCUCGAAAGAUUUAAACCGCGAAGGAUGAUAGCUCCUGGAUGUGAGUGUGAUUUUCAGUGCAAUAAAUACAAGUUGUGGCACUAUUUUGCUUAGAGCU